UACACGGCCCAGCUUGAAGCUGGCUAGGUUUCGCCGCAGUUUUGUUUGUUUUUACGUGGUGUUCGUACUUUAAUUAAGUGAACAAGAGACAACGUGUUUUGUUUGUGAGCUUUGGAGGAACUGGUAGGCGGAUUUUGUUACCUUUGGACCGUGCCAGUCUAGCUGUUUUACUCCUGUUCCUAUUCGUGCUAAACUAAGCUAAGCUAAGUUAGCUGACUGCUGGUCGCUAGGUAGCGUAAACCGACACAGUUGAUGAAGAUAGUUAACGAUGCAACUCUACUUUUGGGGAAAUAUUUAAAUCAAAAUGUUUACAUAAUAUGAUCAACUUAUAGAAUAUGAUUAAUUUCUACUACCAAGUAAUAUAUAAAGUAGCUAAUCAUCAUAAUAUAUAGACCGUUUCAACGGAAUGGCUUUGCUAGGCAACAGCUUGGGUCCAUGUUUACUUCCUGUCACUGCAAGAGGAAAUGAACUGGGACACAUUUACAACUGUGAAUUGGUCCAUAAGGCCUGUAGCAAUAUUUAUUAUAAGGUGGCAUUCUGCUUAGGGAUUAUUUACUUUAUUUUUAAGUAAAUUUUUGCUGGCACUACAUUUGUGAUUUUGCUUUGUAAUGCAAUAAUUUAGGGUGGUAAUUUAGUGUAAUCUGACCCUUGUAAAAAAAAAAUGAUGCAUUUAAUUUAUAGAGGAAGCGCUCCUUAACUACACAAUCAUCAUCCGAUUAAAGCAAGAAGCAACUUUUAAGAUGCUUUAAACAAGUUAUAUGUAUACUGCUAUUAUGAUAUGAUCACUUACAAGAUACAGUUAUUCAUUGCUCAAUUGGGAAACACAGUGCAAUCCCAAGAGUAUUGUAAUCCGACCAUUGUAUCUGUUUGUACACACAGAUCAAUAGCCAUGGGGUGACCCUGAGCAUGUGUGUGAUGGAGGGUUUGGUAUUGGCCAGUUCAGAAUGAGGCUGCUGCUUAAAAUCUUUUUAAUUACAAAUAUAUACAAUUUCCUUGAGAAAGUCAUUCUUUGUACAUUAGAAAAAUACUAAAACUGCACAGUAACAAUGAAUGGCAUUGACCUUGCAUAUUGUGUUUCUCUUAUGACAGCCUUUUCCAAGGCUGUACACAUUUGUAUCCCCAGUGUGCCACUUUUAGCUCAGUGAAGGAUCCGAAAGCGUGUUUCCAACACUGGUAGUGUCGUUGUUAAUGCUGUCUUUUUAUAGCCAACCACCUUGUCCACCUGGACAACCUGUUGCUAUUCAAUUGGAGGAUUAAUCCUCCCAUGUGAAUGCACCAACCGGGUUGCAGUUCACCGUGUGUUUAAGUCGGUGUCAUUUCCUAUAAUGAUGCAUAAAAAGAAGAGGGUUGAGAAGGAAAACAUCUGGCCCAGAUGCACACUGCGUCUUUAAGCUCCCACGCUGAUAAAUUAGCACCGCCGAUCAACUGUCGCUGUCCGGCGAGGGAGGUGCUGAAAUCAGAGCGCUCUCCUCCACCACCACCACCACCACCCUCCACCCCCAUCUCUCUCUCUCUCCUCUCCCUCUCUCUCUCUCUCUCUCUCUCUCUCUCUCUCUCUCUCUAUUGCCGCCGACAGGACCGACACUUGCAGCCAUUUUACGCAGGACGAACCCAAUCAUGUCGUGAGGGAAGCUCGCUGGUUGGUCACCUGGGCAGAGCCAGCAGCCGCCGCGCGUCCCGGUGGUCGCACACAGGCUUGGCAGGUCCGGCCAAAAUGGUGAAGAGGAAAAGCCUGGACGACAACGAGCCGGAGUGCGGGAAAGGAAUACCGUUCCCCAUCCAGACCUUCCUAUGGAGGCAAACCAGUGCAUUUCUGCGUCCAAAGUUGGGAAAACAGUAUGAAGCAUCUUGUGUGUCCUUUGAGCGGGUGCUGGUGGAGAAUAAGCUCCACGGGCUGUCGCCGGCCCUGUCAGAGGCCAUCCAGAGCAUCUCCCGCUGGGAGCUCGUCCAGGCAGCACUGCCUCAUGUACUCCACUGCACCUCCAUCCUGCUGUCUAACAGGAACAGGCUGGGCCAUCAAGACAAGCUGGGCGUGGCCGAGACCAAGCUGCUCCACACGCUGCACUGGAUGCUGCUGGACGCUGCCCAGGAGUGCAACCACGAGCCCAGCCUGGGCCACGGCUGGUCCGGGGGCAGCAGCAGCAGCGCCUUCCUCCAGCCGGUGGGCAACCAGGGGUCGUCCCCGGGGGCUCCCGGCUCCUGCUCCGGCUCUGCCCUAGGGGGGUCGGGGCCCCAGCACAGCGGCUCCCUCCUGGAGGAGGAUGAGCACGCUCGUACCAAGCUGUUCCACAAGAGUAUGGCCACAGUGGAGCUGUUUGUGUUCCUGUUUGCUCCGCUUAUUCAUCGGAUAAAGGAGUCGGACCUGACCUUCCGAUUGGCCAGCGGUUUGGUAAUAUGGCAGCCAAUGUGGGAGCACCGCCAGCCUGACAUCCCAGCCUUUACUUCACUCAUUAAACCCGUCAGAAACAUUGUGACAGCAAAGAGGAACUCCCCAGUCAACAACCAGUGCAGCCCCUGUGGAUCUGGCAACCCGGGUCCCAUGGGCUUCCAGGUGGUUUGCGAGGCCGCACAAUCAGACUCCUCCUCCCCCGUGGCUGGAGAGCGGAGCUGUCGUCGUGGUAACUCGGUCGAGAAAGGUGGCCCUUCCCAACAACCCCCACCAGUGAAAGGCCCUUCCAAGAAAAAGACAUCAGCCCCCACCGGCCUGCCAACCUCCCUGGCCCAGCGAGCGCGUUACGCCACUUACUUUGACGUGGCGGUGUUGCGCUGCCUGCUGCAGCCACACUGGACGGAGGAGGGCGUGCACUGGGCCCUGAUGUUCUACCUGCAACGCCUGAGGCAGAUCCUGGAGGAGAGACCGGAACGCACACCGGAGCCUUUGAUCACGCCUCUGCCGCGCCCACGCAGCAGCUCCAUGGUGGCUGCCACGCCUUCGCUGGUCAACACCCACAAGACUCAGGAUAUGAGUCUGAAAUGCAAUGAAGAGGGAAAAUCUCUCAGCACGGAGACGUUUACGAAGGUUUCUCUGACCAGCCUCCGUCGACAGGCUGUCCCUGACCUAGCCUCCGACCUGGGCAUGAACAUUUUCAAGAAGUUUAAGAACCGGCGUGAUGACCGCGAGAGAAAAGGCUCCAUCCCCUUCCAUCACACGGGUAAGAAGCGUCAGCGGCGUAUGGGGGUUCCUUUCCUCCUCCACGAGGACCACCUGGACGUCUCGCCUACCCGCAGCACCUUCUCCUUCGGAAGCUUCUCCGGCCUGGGCGAUGAUCGGCGGGCUCUGGACCGCGGGGGCUGGCAGGCCACCAUCAUGGGCAGAUUCACACGGAGGGGCUCAGACACAGCUGCAGACGCCGACAGCCUGAGCGCCAAACACUCUCAUUCCCACCACUCGCUGCUCAGAGACAUGCCCGACCACUCCAACAGCCACAGCGAUAACACCGUCAAAGAGGUUCGAUCUCAGAUCUCCACCAUCACCAUGGCGGCGUUCAACACCACGGUGGCGUCCUUCAACGUUGGCUACGCCGACUUCUUCACCGAGCACAUGAAGAAACUCUGCAACCCCGUCACCGUCCCCGAGCUCCCCGUGGAGCCGCUGGCCUGCGCCAACCUGCCGCGCAGCUUCACCGACUCCUGCAUCAACUACACCUGUCUGGAGGAAGGGGAGAACAUCGAGGGGACCAAUAACUUUGUGCUGAAGAACGGCAUGCUGGACCUCACUGCUGUCUUGCGGGCACUCUAUGCCGUCCUCAGCCACGACAUCAGCUCCAGGAUCUGCGACGUGGCUCUCAAUAUCAUCGACUGCCUGCUGCAGCUGGGAGUGGUGCCCGGCAUGGGCAAGAAACUGUCCAAGCCCGACAACAAGGAGAACCAGGAGGCGCGAGCCAAAGACUCGACCGGUCAGGGCCUCGGAGGAGGCGCCCAGGGAGGCGGGGCAGUCCCAGGGGCAGGAGCCGGCGGAGGGGGAGAUGGAGGCGGAGGUGGAGGAGGAGGGGGAAGUGGUGGCGGGAGCGGGCAAGGGAGCAAGGAUGAUGUGAAGAAUAACAAGGAUAAUGAUAAAAAGGAAGAGGGCUCCGGCUUCAGCACCCACCGCCUGGCUCUGACCAUGCUGAUAAAGAUAGUCAAGUCGCUGGGCUGUGCCUAUGGCUGUGGCGAGGGACAUCGCGGAUUGUCUGGAGAUCGCCUCAGGAUGCAGGCCCAGAACUGCCUGACCAGCCUUUACAAGCUGGACAAGGUGCAGUUUCGACAGACAAUGCGCGAGUACGUCAACAAAGACUCUCUCAAUAACAUUGUGGACUUCCUGCAUGCACUGCUGGGCUUCUGCAUGGAGCCCAUCACAGACAAGUACGGCAGUGCAGGUGAGAGGUCCAGGAGGGCGAAAAAAAGAAACAUCGACAAGGCCGGCUUCGGGAACAACUUCACCACGGGGGACAACAAGUCCGUGGCCCAGAAUAUGGAGGCGGUGGUGGUGGGCUGCAUGUUCAAGUCUCUCAUCACCCGCUGCGCCUCGACCACACACGAGCUGCACAGCCCCGAGAACCUGGGUCUGUACUGUGACAUCCGCCAGCUGGUGCAGUUCAUUAAGGAGGCCCACGGAAAUGUGUUCCGCAGGGUGGCACUGAGCGCGCUCCUGGAUAGCGCCGAGAAGGUCACCACCACCAAGAAACCUGACGAGAAGGAGGAGACCAAACACCCCGGACCCAGGAGGUCAGAGGCGUGUGUGUCCGGGGAGAAGGGUCAGGUGUCCAGUGCUGCAGAUGAGUGUCGCAGCUACAUCUCCAGUAGACCCCCCCAGACACCCGAACAUGAAGAACAGAUCCCGGGUGCUCUGCUUGGCAGGAAGGACUUUUGGAGAAAGAUGUUCAAGUCGCAGAGUGCUGCCAGUGACACCAGCAGCCAGUCGGAGCAGGACACCUCGGAGUGCACCACCGCCCACUCUGGCACCACCACCGACCGGCGCUCCCGUUCCAGAUCCCGUCGUAUUUCACUCCGCAAGAAACUGAAGCUGCCAAUAGGCAACUGGCUGAAGCGUUCCUCUCUUUCUGGACUGACUGACGGCGUCGAGGACCUGCUGGAUAUCAGCUCAGUGGAUCGACUCUCCUUCAUACGUCAGAGUUCAAAGGUGAAGUUCACCAGUGCGGUGAAGCUGUCAGAAGGGGGCGCGGUGGGGCCGGAGUUCGCCAGGGACGAGGAGGAGAAUUUCUUCAAGCGGCUCGGUAAAUGGAGGUCUGGCAGGAGGAAUCCAUCCAAGCUUCACCACACAGAAGAGAAAGAUGAGAGGAAAGGAGGACCCCACGGUUUCCAAGAGCGUCUAGCAGCCAGUCAGGAGGCCAUGAAGAACAAGAACGUGGUGAAUUUGGGCGCCAUUCGUCAGGGCAUGAAACGCUUCCAGUUCCUGCUGAACUGCUGCGAGCCGGGAACCAUACCGGACGCCUCCAUCCUCGCCGCUGCUCUGGACCUGGAAGCUCCAGUCGUGGCCCGGGCCUCACUGUUCCUCGAAUGUGCCCGGUUUGUGCACCGCUGUAACCGUGGCAACUGGCCGGAGUGGAUGAAGGGCCACCAUGUAAACAUCACCAAGAGAGGCCUGUCCAGGGGCCGAUCACCUAUUGUUGGAAACAAAAGAAACCAGAAACUCCAGUGGAACGCUGCCAAACAUUUCUGCCAGUGGGGAGACGCAAUCGGCACAAGGCUCAGUGAACUCUGUCACUCGGACAGCGAGAGCCCUGCAAACAUCCUGGGUUACAUUUUUGAUGAAGAGACCAAACGGAGAAUGAGAAAAGAAGAUGAGGAAGAGGACUAUUUGGAUGACAACACAGUCAAUCCUACGAAAUGCGGAUGCCCUUUUGCUCUAAAGAUGGCUGCCUGCCAGCUGUUGUUGGAAAUCACCACUUUCCUGCGAGAGACCUUUCCCUGCUUACCACGCCCACGCACUGAACCUCUCGUGGAUCUGGACAGCUGCCGCCUGCGCCUGGACCCAGAUCUCGGCCGCCAGCGCUACGAGAGGAAGAUCAGCUUUGCGGGCAUCCUCGACGACGAGGACGGACACGAUUCGCUCAACAGCAGCAGCCACACGCUGAAGUCCGACACCACCUGCGAUGAGAAGAAGCCCCAGGAAGUGCAAGAUAAUCUCGCCCCACUUCCAUCUCCCCCAGCACCCAUCCGUAAGAUUCGCAUCGGAGGCUCCCGACUGCUUCAGAUCAAAGGGGCUCGCAGUUUCCGCGUAAAGAAAGGUGGCUCUCUGUCGUCCAUACGCCGGGCCGGGAGCCUCAAAAGCACCAAGAUGUGCCGGCAGGAUUCUGAGUCAGAAAACGAAGAAGGGCUGCUGUCACAAACGCAGAGCAGGGACACUGUUACUGACAUAGGCAGCCCCUUUAGCACCAGUGAACCCAGCAUAGAACCAGAGGGCCAGGGCUCAGGAGGAGCAGAGGACAACUACCACCGCAACAUGUCCUGGCUCCAUAUUAUGAUCCUGCUGUGCAACCAGCAGAGCUUCAUCUGCACCCAUAUAGACUUCUGCCACCCACGUUGCUAUCAGCACCACAGCCGCUCCUGCGCCCGUCUGGUCCGCGCCAUCAAGCUUGUGUACAGCGAGACGGUGGACAGCCUGAGAGAGGACUGCGCCUCCUCUGGUAACAUCGGGGCACGCGCCAAGAAGACUAAAGAGUGUUCGGACAAGUCUUGCCUGAGGACCCCGUCGAUGAAGAGAAGACCCACCGACUCCAACACAGAAGGAAAGAAGGAUACCGGCAUGCUCAAGUACAUCCGCAACCAGGUGAUGAGCCUGUCACCAGCCCCUCUUUCGCUGCUGAUCAAGGCAGCUCCCAUCUUGACUGACGACAUGUAUGGAGACAUCCAGCCCCCAGCCUGGGAGCUCUUGCUCAGUGUGGAUGAACAUAUGGCAGCUGCUGCUGCUGCCAUGUUCCUUCUGUGUGCGGUAAAGGUCCCCGACGCGGUGACCGAAAUGAUGAUGGCGGAGUUCCAGCACCAGGAGGCGUGCCAGCGCAUCAACUCCGUCCUGAAGUUUUACACACUGUGGCGUUUCCGCUACCAGGUGUGGCCUCGCAUGGAGGAAGGAGCCCAGCAGAUCUUUAAGAUUCCUCCACCCAGCAUCAACUUCACUCUGCCAUCUCCUAUACUGGGCAUGCCCUGUGUCCCCAUAUUCGACCCCCCCUGGGUGCCCCAGAACACAGGCAGCGUCCAGGACCCGAUCAAUGAAGACCAGUCUAAAUCCUUCUCGGCGCGGGCGGUGUCGCGCUCCCACCAGCGGGCCGAGCACAUCCUGAAGAACCUGCAGCAGGAGGAAGAGAAGCGGCGCCUGGGCCGCGAGGCCAGCAUCAUCACGGCCAUCCCCGUGGCUCAGGAGGCCUGCUACGAGCCCACGUGCAGCCCGCCGCCCGAGCAGGAGGAAGAAGCAGAAGAAGUGGUGAACCUGGCAUCACGCCGUCUGUCUGUCAGCCCAUCCUGCACCUCCAGUAACUCCCACAGGAACUACUCCUUUCGUCGGGGCUCUGUAUGGUCCGUCCGCUCAUUGGCCAGUGCUGAAGAUGAAGAAAACACCACAGAACACACUCCUACUCACCACAUGUUACAGCCACCGCAAGCCGUCUUUCCGGCAUGCAUCUGUGCCGCAGUCCUACCAAUAGUGCACCUCAUGGAGGACGGGGAGGUUCGGGAGGACGGCGUGGCCGUGAGCGCUGUUGCCCAACAAAUCCUGUGGAACUGCCUAAUUGAAGACCCUGCCCUGGUUCUCCGCCACUUCCUGGAAAAACUAACCGUGAGCAACCGACAGGAUGAGCUGAUGUACAUGCUGAGGAAGCUCCUGCUCAACAUCGGAGAUCUGCCGGCCCAGACCUCUCAUAUCCUCUUCAACUACCUGGUGGGACUGAUCAUGUACUUUGUGCGGACUCCGUGCGAGUGGGGAAUGGACGCCAUCUCGGCCACAUUGACCUUCCUGUGGGAGGUGGUCGGCUACGUGGAGGGGCUCUUCUUCAAGGACCUCAAGCAGACCAUGAAGAAGGAGCAGUGUGAGGUCAAACUGCUGGUCACCGCAUCCAUGCCAGGAACCAAAACACUGGUGGUGCACGGGCAGAACGAAUGUGACAUCCCGACACAGCUUCCAGUCCAUGAAGACACCCAGUUUGAAGCCCUGCUCAAGGAGUGCCUGGAAUUCUUCAACAUUCCAGAGGCCAGAUCGGCACACUACUUCCUCAUGGACAAACGAUGGAACCUCAUCCAUUAUAGCAAGACGUAUGUAAGAGACAUCUACCCCUUCCGGAGAUCAGUCUCUCCCCAGCUCAACCUGGUCCACAUGCUGCCGGAGAAAGGACAGGAGCUUAUCCAGAAACAGGUGUUUUCCCGUAAACUAGAAGAAGUUGGUCGGGUCCUUUUCCUCAUCUCCCUCACACAACACAUUCCGGCUGUGCACAAGCAGUCCCACGUGUCCCUGCUGCAGGAAGACCUCCUCCGCCUGCCAUCGUUCCCACGAACCGCCAUCGACGCAGAGUUCUCGCUGGUCAACGAGCCACAAGGUAAGGAGCUUUUUGGAUUGGACACCCUCCACAAGGUGCUGUGGAUCAAGCUGCUGGAGGAGAUGUUUCUGGGCAUGCCCAGUGAGUACCCGUGGGGCGACGAGAUGAUGCUGUUCCUCAACGUCUUCAACGGAGCUCUGCUGCUGCACCCGGAGGACAGCGCCCUCCUCAGGCAGUACACGGCCACCGCCAUCAACACCGCUGUUCACUUCAACCAUCUCUUCUCCCUGAGCGGCUACCAGUGGAUCCUGCCAACCAUGCUGCAGGUCUAUGCUGACUAUGAGAGCGACCCUUUACUGAGGCAGGGCAUCGAGUUCUGCUGCCGGCAGUUCUACAUCCUCCACCGCAAACCCUUCGUCCUGCAGCUGUUUGCCAGUGUGGCUCCGCUGCUGGAAUUCACAACCAGCACCAGUACUGGUCUGUCGAAAGGAGUGUCAGCUCAGUGUCUGUUUGACCUGCUGGUCUCUCUGGAGGGUGAGACCCAGGACGCCCUGGAUGCUCUGGAGCUGGUUAAGGCUGAGAAACCUCUACGCUCUCUAGAUUUCUGUUAUGGUAAUGAGGACUUGGCCUUUUCCAUCAGCGAGGCCAUCAAGUUGUGUGUCACCGUGGUCGCCUACGCCCCUGAAUCCUUCAGGAGUCUCCAGAUGCUGAUGGUGCUGGAGGCCUUGGUCCCCUGCCACCUCCAGAAGCUGAAGAGCAACACGGUUACGAUGGAGUCAGCCUCGGCGGCCAGGGACGAGAUCGCAGCCAUCGCUGCUCUGGCCACAUCCCUGCAAGCCCUCCUCUACAGCUCAGAGACCCUCACAAGGCCCAUGACAGCACCCCAGAUGUCCCGCUGUGAUCAGGGCCAUAAGGGAGGCACUACAGCUAACCACGCCAUGUCGGGAGGGGUCAACACCAGGGACAACCUCCACCUGUUGGAAGAGGGCCAGGGCAUGCCGAGGGAGGAGCUGGACGAGCGGCUCGCCAGGGAGGAGUUCCGCCGGCCUCGGGAGUCCCUGUUAAACAUCUGUACCGAGUUUUACAAACACUGCGGGCCGCGACUCAAGAUCCUGCAGAACGUGGCCGGUGAGCCGCGGGUCACGGCCCUGGAGCUGCUGGACAUCAAGUCCCACAUGAGGCUGGCAGAGAUCGCCCACGCCCUGCUGAAGCUGGCCCCCUACGACACCCUCACCAUGGAGAGCCGAGGGCUGCGGCGCUACAUCAUGGAGAUGCUGCCCAUCACCGACUGGUCGUCUGAGGCCGUCCGCCCCGCCCUCAUCCUCAUCCUCAAGAGGCUGGACCGCAUGUUCAACAAGAUUCACAAGAUGCCUACGCUCAGGUGCGCUCGCCCACAGGCAUUAUGCACCAGGAGACAGGUGGAGUGGGAGGCGGCCAGCAACCUCAUCGAGGGGAUCUGCCUCACCCUGCAGCGACAGCCAAUCAUCUCCUUCCUUCCGCACCUUCGCUCGCUGAUCAACGUCUGCGUCAACCUGGUGAUGGGUGUGGUCGGUCCCUCCAGCGUCGCAGAUGGGCUUCCUCUUCUCCACCUCAGCCCCUACCUGUCCCCUCCGCUGCCCUUCAGCACCGCGGUGGUGCGACUGGUUGCCCUGCAGAUCCAGGCCUUGAAGGAGGACUUUCCUCUCAGCCAUGUGAUCUCACCUUUCACCAAUCAGGAGAGGCGAGAGGGGAUGCUGCUCAACCUGCUCAUUCCCUUUGUGCUCACUGUGGGCUCUGGAAGCAAAGAUAGCCCCCACCUGGAGCCGCCCGAGGUCUUCCUGCUCCUCCAGACGGUCAUCAAUAUCCUCCUGCCUCCUCGGAUCAUCUCCACCUCCCGCACCAAGAACUUCAUGCUGGACGCUUCGCCGGCUCACUGCUCCACCCCGGGCGACACGGGGAAGGAUCUGCGCAGAGAAGGAUUAGCAGAGUCCACCAGCCAGGCUGCAUAUCUGGCUCUGAAGGUGGUGUUGGUUUGCUUCGAGCGCUCGCUGGGAAACCAGUGGUACCGGCUGAGCCUGCAGGUGAAAGAGAUGGCUCUGAGAAAGGUGGGCGGCUUGGCCUUCUGGGACUUCAUUGACUUCAUCGUGCGAACCCGUAUCCCUAUUUUUGUCCUGCUGAGACCCUUCAUACAGUGCAAGUUGUUGACGCAGCCUGCUGACUCCCAGGAGGAGAUUACAGCACGUCACCACAUCGCUGACCAGCUGGAGCGACGAUUCAUCCCGCGACCUCUCUGCAAAAGCUCCCUGUUUGCAGAGUUCAACAGUGAACUCAAGAUCCUCAAGGAGGCCGUGCACAGCGGCUCUGCUUACCAGGGCAAGACGUCCAUCAGCACAGUGGGCACCUCGACAUCAGCAUAUCGCCUCAGUCUGGCCACGAUGUCGCGCUCCAACACGGGCACCGGCACAGUUUGGGAGCAGGACAGCCAACCGUCACGCCAACCCUCCCAAGACACGCUCAGCCGCACCGACGAGGACGACGAAGAGAAUGACUCCAUGAGUAUUCCCAGCGUGGUGAGCGAGCACGAAGCCUUUUUGCCUCGGGGGAUAGCACAGCGCCGCUUCUCCAGCCACGCCACCGGCUCGGCGGCCUCGCAGCCCGAGGUCCCCCGCACCACCAUGUUGCCCAGUCACAGUGAACCCAAUGUGCUAGAUGAGUCCCAGGGCCUUCUGCAGGAGGGUAACCUCUCUAGGGUGGCCAGUGUGCAGAGUGAACCGGGCCAGCAGAACCUUCUGAUCCAGCCUCCGUUAGGAAGAAAGAGAGGCCUCAGACAGCUGCGACGCCCCCUGCUGUCCAUUCCAAAGAGCGAACCACGCAGUCGAUCUGGAGCGAGGCUUUCUACGACCCGCAGGAGCAUCCAGCCCAAGAACAGACCUCUGGAAACUUUAUUGGACUGUGAAGCGCAAGGAGACCAAAAGAGGUCAGUGACCUUUACAGAGAAUCAAGGCCAGCAGGGGGGCAGCAAGCCCCCGACUCCCAGCACUACGGAGCCUCCAGCCGAGGGCUGGAAGGCCAGUCCUGCCCUUUCAAAGAACCCGACCCUGGAAGUGCCCUCUGCGUCCUCCGCCACGGUGACCGCCGACCUGCACAGCCCUGCUAACACACAGGUGCCUCCAGUCAUAAGCAGCAAGGAGAAGAGAGAGCAGUGGGUACUUCGCAGCAGCCUCUCCCCUCCCCCCUCCAUCUCCCGCGCCUCCACCCCAACGCCCCCAUCCCGAACCUGCUCCCCGCUGCCCCUCUCCCGAACCUGCUCCCCUCUCCCCCUGUCCCGCACCUCCUCUCCUCUCCCUCCGCCGCGCCCGGUGCUGGGCACGGCGCCGGCCCCGGGCCCCCCGCCGCCUCCGCCCCUGCCGCCGGCCCCUCUCCUGCCUCCGCCGCCGCCGCACAGGAUCAGAGAGAGCCCCGGGGACGAGGACACGACGGCGCUCCUGCCGCGCAGCGACACCCUGCUGCAGCUCAGCGAGGACGACGGCACGGAGAACCCCCUCCUCACCCCGCUGCUGUCCCAUCCCUCACCCCGCCGGUCACCCCGCCGGCUGCCCCUGCCCCUCUCCCCCGUCGACCUGGACCUGGAUGAGUCCCACGUUUGAGAGGGGUGACUGUGUUUUUCUAUCAGUAGCCCACGCCAAAAUGCCAUACAAAUACCUGCAGGGUACGGAUAACAGGGAGGCUGUGCUGCAUACACUUCAAAAACAGAAAAAGUAAAGUGUACAUUUAGAUUUUAUGAAAUGACAGUCUAAAAGUACGUAGUUAGAAAGGAAGGGACUGUUUUCCACACUAACCCCCCUGCCUCAAGUGUGUCUGUAACCCACCGACUUGUUUUCAGUUCCAUCUGCAGCCUCGAAUCCUGUUUUCCCCCUCAGCUUUGCCCUGAAACUAAACUGCUCUCUCCUCAGUGUAGCUGUUUAGUUUUGACAAAAAUGAACACUCUUAAAUGUACAAAACAAAACCUAUUUCCCCUCCCUCCCUCUCUCUGUAGGCCUCUUAUUGUAAGUGUUGAAUAACAACACGAAAAUCAUUUAUCUGUUCUCAUGGCUACAUACCCUGAGGGUUGAAUGUAUAUCUUAGCAGCAAUCUACCUUAUUGCUUUCGUCACAGCAACGUGAAAUCAUGAUGGACCUGUGCUGGUCUAAUCUAUCCCGAGAUAAAAGAUUUAUUUUUUAAUUUUAGAUGAAAUUAUAACAGAUCAGAAAUGUUUAAAGAAUUGAUAUUUAAGAAAAGAUUGCUUCUAAUAGAUUUGAAUGUGUCUAUAUUGUGGAGAUUUAUAUAAAUUGAAAAAGGAGAUGUUAUAACUUGUAUAAAAAGUAUAUUAAGAGCCAUUCUAAAACUAUGGGUGAAAUAAGGGCCUUUAUAUUAAAUGAAGCAGCAGUAAAUAUACAAUACAGUAUAUGUAUUUAAACAUUUUAUGUGAUCAUAUGGAAGAAAUGAGAGAUGUUCUGUUGUUUCUACAGCUCUCGUUAUAAUCAUAAUAUCAAACAUAUAUGUGUUUUUUGUGUGUAUUGUGCUGCUCGGUGUCUCAGCAGAAUAUUUUAUUUGUGACCAAAGACAAUAUCUUCGUGUUUAUCAGCGUAAAAUGUCAUGUUUGAGAAAAACAUAUAACAUUUACAAAAGACUCAGUCACUCGUCCUGAUGUUUGCAGUGCCGGUCAUGUUUUGUUUCCGUGUCUGUGAUGUUGUCUUACGCUCAGAACGGGGGGGGGCAGCGAGACUCCUUUUAUCGCUAAUCGACAGAUGGCCGUUACCUCGUUGCUCAUUCCAUGCCUUAACAGAGAAAUAUUAACACGUCUGUCUGUUUAAAUGAGUUUAUUGUGUCUGCUGAAAACCUCAUACCUCCUAAAUGUCCACUUUUAAGGAGAUCAUAUAGUUUGCAUAACACAUUUUUGUAUGUAAAAACAUGCCAAUUUUACAACGCUCUCCCCUUUUCAUCAAUAAUAAUGUUAAAUCACGUAAUACUGGAUCAAUAUGUGCCAUAAUUCACACCAACGCACUGUGAGUGUUAUUGGCUGCUUCUCUUUACUAUAUGUCACUUUCUUUUGACUAUUUGUGUCACACUUUGUGAAUAUUUGGGUUCAUAGAGAUUGUGUAUGCAUUUAUGCAGUGGGAAUAGAGAGGGAAUAACGCAGCCUCUACAGGGGUGUCUUAAUGCAGUUAAUUCAACAAAUAUUUAAAGUGUAUCCUUAACGAAAGCACACAUUACUCCAGUUUCUACCUAAGUUAAGACCCCAGAUGUUCGACAUUACGAUAAAGGAAAUGCUGUAAGUUUCUGUAAUGUGUUAUUGUCCUGUCCUCUGUAUCCUAAGUUUAAUUUUUUGCACAAUGCAAAACAUAUCUAUCUCAAAUCCAUAAAACACACUCAAUUCAAGGUUUUUCAAAGAAGUGUGAAGACGCAUCAGUGUUUUUAGCCAGAGGGCCUUUUGAACUGUUGAAUCUGAGUUCCCUUUAAAUGUAACGCGUCUGUCAAAUUAUGUCUUUGUGCAAAGUUAGAAUAAAGCUACAGUAUAUCAGAAUAUUUCUGGAAUAUAUAAAUAAAUGGAUAUUGUUUACAAUGUU